AUGUUCGCCACUGCUCGCAUCUCCAUCCUCGGCAUGCUGCCAUACCUCACUCCUGCCUGUGGCCACCCCAUUGCUGCCAUGAACGACGGCGUCAUGACCGGUCCCCACCACGACAUGUCGAAUGUCCACGAUGGACUGACAUCUCCCUUUGCCGAGAAAUCCGAUGCAGGCGCUGCCUGGGCCUUCACCCUGUGGUCCGGCAUGCAGUGCACUGGCGUGCAAGUCGAGGAGUAUGGUACAUCGACUACAGAAUGCGUCCUUGCCUCGCCUCCUUCCUACCUCGGAUUGGCCAACAAUUGGGUUGCUUCCGACAACUACGUCCUCUUCUUUCACAACACUGACUGCUCGGGCAGUCCCAUGUUCACUCUUGGAAACAACACGGACGUAGCUGGUUGUUGGGCCCCGAAUGCUGGCGAGGCUAUCUGGAGCUACCAAGUCAAGAACUCUGAUGAGAUGUAA